ACUAGAAUCUUCUGUUGCACGAUCGGAAGGACCUAAUUGAUCGAGUCAAACGAAUCCGACAGCCUGGAUCACCCCUCGCGCGUGUCUUAGCCCACCCGCACGAGAAAGCCAAGCAAGAGCUUCCUUCCACUUCCCAAAUCCCAACCUCCUCGCCGUUCACACCCUCCCCGUCUCCUCGAUCAUGGGUGGCCUCAAGCUCCGGCGGCUCGCGUCCAGCUUGCUCUCCCCGGCCCUCGCCUCCCCUGGCUCAGCGGCCGACGCGCACCACGCGGUGGCGCGCGCGACGGCGCACCACCCUUCCACGGCCCCGCCGUCCGCUCACCACAUGGACGCGCUCCUCGCCUUCGGCCGGGGCUCCCGCCUCUUGGCCGCGGCGCUCGCGGCGGCCUUCGUCGACCGCCUCCGCGCCGCGGCGUCGGGGCAGGGCGACGCCGCCGUGGCGCUCAAGUGCCUCGUCGCGCUGCGGGUCCUCCUCGCGCGGGGCGCGUUCAUCCUCCGCGACCAGCUCCUCGCGGCCCUGGCCCGGCACCCGGCGUCCGGGCGCAACCCGCUCGCGCUCGCGGCGUUCCCGCUCGGCCGCUCCUCCUUCGCCGCCGCGUCGUGGGUCCGCUUCUCCGCGCGCCUCCUCGAGCUCAUCCUCCUCCUCCCCGACGCCUCCGCCGACGCCGAGUACCUCGUCGCGCUCCCCAACCCGCACCUCGUCGCCGAGCUCGCCGCCUUCGUGGCCGUCGCUGACUCCGUCCGCCACGCCCCGCCGCCCCCGUCGUCCGGACCACAGCCCAACGCGCUCGUCUGGGAGGCCGUCAGGCUCGCCGAGGAGGACCGCGUGGCGGCGGAGCGGAACAUCGCCGCGCGGGUGCAGGAGAUGGGGGAGCGGCUCGACACGCUGUCCCUGGCCGACGCGGUGGAGUUGGUGUGCGUGCUGCGUCGGGUGGAGGACGGUUCGGCCCCGGCCCCGGAAUGGAAGUGGGCGGGGCUGGACGAGGGCGUCGUGUGCGCGGCGCGGCAGCUCCGCGAGCGCGCGGAGGGGGUGGUGCUGCUGCGGACGGUGGAGGAGAGGCGCCUGGUGCGGAGGGACGCAGGUGGCAGCGCGUCCGCGCGCGUCCUCGUGCCGGGCCGCGGCGGCCGCGGCAGCGACGACAUCCGGUUCGGGUCCACACGGUGGGCUGGCACAGUUCCUGCAUGGAGGUAGCGAAUGUGUAUAUGCUCGCUCUUGGUUUACUCAUUUUUCCUUUUACUUGGUGCAGUUAUCUUUGUAGCUGUAGCACUUCGAAUUUCUGAAUUUGAAGUUUUGGCAAGUCUUUUGUUGUGUUUGCGGUGUGGUUUGUUUGAUCGGAAAUGCAGUGGUGUAAAUAUCAUGCGAAACGUGAUUGGAUUGAAGUGCUUCUUGCUUGUUAAUAUGAGAUGAUUGCGCGGUUAAAAAUCA